GACCGACAAGGGCAGAGUCAGACGGCAGAGUCGCUGCUCUCAUGGUCAAAAUGAAACGUUGUGCCUUAAACUUUACGUCCCCGAAGUCAUGCAGGGACCGUAGUUGUCGUUGAAAUGCACAUGUGCGCACAUACACAUGUUUGUACAGGCAGCGCGUCAUCACGGGAAGUGUUGGACACACAUGUUGUCUCAGCGACAGACACGACGCUGGUUGUUGUUUAAAGUUAAUAUUGAAAAAAGAAAUGCUCAAUUGAUGCACCGAACCGCCCUUUUACAGCCGAGAAGCUGCAUUUUUAUUGUUCUUCCGGACUACAAAUUGGGAAUGCGGCUCAUGUGGAGGUUCCGCCCGCGGUGUUUCCUCUCCUCCAGUCUGUCGUCUUUAGUCUGUCCGAAAACACAUGUCCUUCACACGCUUUUGCAAACGUCGUCCUUCAGUGUUUCCCAGUUCCCGUCAGCAACAAUAUAGACGCGGUGAGAGGUUGUAAGCGCGCAAAAGGGGUUUUUCCCCCCCACAAAUGUAACGUUUCGCUUUUGUAAAGGCGAACAUUAUAAUCAAGAGGUGUCAAUGACAUUUGGACAGACCAUGCACAACGGAGCUCGUUAUCUCAUAUUUUUUCAAUACAUUGGAAAAAAAUACAGGGGUGCUGUGAAAGCGCCUUCCGGUUGGAAGGGGGUCCAGGACCACUUGGAGGAUGCAAUAGGGAAGCUGAAGCCGCUCAACGCCGUGUCUCUGUCAGUCUCCAGCAGGACAGACACAGGGGUCAACGCUCUCUCUAACUCGGCCCAUUUCGACCUCCAACGCAGGAAGGACAAGCCGCCGUUUGAUGCAGAGACUCUUGUUGAAGCUCUUAAUUUCAAUCUCGGUGCUGAGCAGAUCAGGAUCACGCGUGCCCACCGCGUGCCUGAUGAUUUUCACGCCCGUUUCCGUGCCCAGUCUCGGACCUACGUCUACCGGAUAGCCCUGGGAAUCUCACACAACUCCAAGCUUCCUCUCACAGAAUGGGAUCUCUGCUGGGGCCUCCCCGACCAGGAGCUGGAUGUGGGAGCCAUGCGUGAGGCGGCCGCGCUGCUGGUUGGGACUCAGGACUUCAGCAGCUUCAGGGCCGUCAGCACCGACCUUCAUAUUAUAAGUCCUCUGAAGACGCUGAAUGUGGCCACCGUAGAGCCAGGAAGCUCCUUCGUGAGCGCACACUUCCACAGAGAGAUACCGUUCUGGGAGCUGACUUUCACAGCCAGAUCCUUUCUCUAUAAGCAGGUGCGGAGGAUGACGGGGGCUCUAGUGGCUGUAGGCCGGCGGCAGCUCUCGGUGCCCCAGCUGCAGGAGGUACUGGAGGCUCGGGACUCUCUGUCCUACCCACGGGGAAUCGUUGCUCCGGCCCGCGGCCUCUUCCUCACCCGAGUGGACUACAAAGAGAGCGACCUGCAGCUUUCCCAACAGACAUCAGGGGAGCAAUUUACCUCCAAUGGAAACUCUGAGGAUUAAUUGUUUCAUCCAGUCAUCCACUGUCUUCCUAUAAUGCAACGCUUCUAAUAAAGUUUUAUAUGAUGUUUAUAUUUGUCUUUGUCAGUGUCCCCAGCUGGUGUUUUUCCCCACGUAUA